CGCGUCCGAUCUGCGCCUUCUAAUUAGCGGGUACGUCAAGCCAGCUAGCUAGCUACACACGUCCGUUGUACGUACAUAGUCGGGUAAGCAGACGACGCGACGAGAGUCAAGUUUUCAUCAUUCCUGCAGACUGAGAGUCUUGAGACACACAAGAUAGUACCAAUUGGAGGCACAUGUGCAUGGCCAGAAGCCGAUCAUACAUUGAGACAGCCCAUAUGGAGACAUCCAAUGUAAGGAAGGAUCAGUUUCACCGGAAAGAUGCAAAGCAGCAACUCACUCUGCCAAGAUCUGCUGCUGAGAAACAAAAAAUUCGAAUUGAGAAACUGAUGAAAAAUCCAGAGAAGCCUGUUUAUAUUCCUGACAAACCAAGAGAAUGGAAAACAAGAGAACCACCUGAGUUUGUGCGAGAUGUGAUGGGUUCAAGUGCAGGGGCUGGUAGUGGAGAGUUUCAUGUCUACAGAGGUUACAGACGUAGAGAGUAUGCCAGACAAAUGCACAUACAUAAAAUAGCUGAACAGGAGGAGCAUGAAACUGAGUUUCAGAAGAAAUUGGAGGAAAAUCAAAGAUUAGCUGAAGAGAAAACAACAAAAAAGAGGAAUAAAAGUUCUGUGCUUGGUGUUCUUUUACAGGAUGAAAAGGAAACAGAAGACGGUCCAGAAAAAGAAGCAAAAAGUACAAGGUCCCGAAAGAGGGAAAACAGACGGACUAAAUGAUGGAGGAUGUUCCAAUGAUGACAGAAAUGAGAACAGACCCAAUGACAAUGAGGAGGAUGAGGAGGAUGAGGAUGAUGCAGAGGAGAACUGCUUUGUUAUUGGUGGCAAAUAAUGGUGACAUUUUUUUUAAUUUUCUUUUUUUAAACAACUGUUUCUUGUACAUGCUACUGUCCAUAUGUUCAACUGGAAUAGAUUAUUUAUUGAGCUAGAGUGGUUUUUUUUUUCUCCAUGGAGCAAUCCUAUCUUUUCAAAAAGGUAUAACUAAAUUAAAUAGUGUGUACUUCGUCGGUUGCACCACAUUUUUUUUUUUUUGCAUUUUUUUUGGGUGUUUUGAGAAAAAAAAAAAGAUUUAAAGUUGGUCAUUAUUUUGAAGGCUCAUUCCAUAUACUCCCUGUGUAAGAUUCAAACUGUUUGUUUUUGUUUUUGCUAGUAAAUUAUAGAUUAAACUUUGUUGUAUGCAAUCCGUGUGCAUCUGAGUUGCUUAGUUUUUGAGAAAUUCAGUUCCCAAGAUACACGUCACUUCGUGAAACAGAUUUUUAUCAUGUUUAUCGUAUUUCAUACAACACGCAUAAUAGUGGCCGUGUGCCAAAUAUGGGGAUAUGUCGGUUCGUGAAACGCUAAAUUCACUCUUUUCAUAUUGACGCUGCUUGGUGACGUCAUAGCACUAUGGGAAUUAGCGUAUAAAGCGGCGUAUCGCGAUACGCCACUUUGUGGUGCAAGAUUGAUUAUUUUUUAGAGAUACGCCGAACAGUCUAAUUAGCGUUCUUAGUUAAUUAGAACUCAGAUCGGAAUAAAACUUUUUAAGAAUGAGCACUUUGAUGAAAUAAUAACGUUUAUGACAAAAACUCAAUUUGGCAAAUAAUCGAGAUACGCUGGUUCGUGGUGCGACCGAUGACUUGUACAUACACGGUUAAAAAUACAAAGAAGUACAAUAUGAAAAGUCUUAACUGUGUUACUUUGGACAACAAAUAGAAAUCUGUUAAAAAGGGACACUGAUGAAAUAUUGUUUAAAUCAUUUUUUGUUUGUUUUUGAUUUGCACAAAUUUCCUUCAAGGCAUUUGAAGGAAUACAUACUGCAGCAUUGUUUGACAAAUAACUGCAAUUUGACUCAAGGUAUGCCAGAGCCUAUCUAUAUCAAUCUUUAUCUUCAUAUAAACUUGAAUCCUCGAUCCUGAUUGGUCGAUCCAUGCGCGCCAUUCCAUACCAACAUGCACAUGUAAUAGGGUAACCGCUGAAAAGUUCUUGUACUGCAUGUGUGUUCCAUCUUUACUGUUCGUCAAGUUUGCUUGAAGAUAAAUUCAUUAUUGCUCUUGCACUCGUGAAACACGGAAAAUGUUGUGCGUCUGUGUCCCACAGAGGCACUACAUUAUUCCAUGUUCCACUUGCGCUUGUGGAAUAAUUAAUAGUAUCCCUUGUGUGAGGCUGUAAUUCUCUAUAUGAGUAUUUGAGAUGUCUGGAUAUUCCAGGUUCGUUUCUUUGUAAACACUUAUUACCCCAGUCAACCUUUCCUCUCAAUUUCAAAUGGACUUCUAAAGCCAUGUCAAGAUUACUGCUGACUAUACAUACAUACAUGCAGUUUGUAAUUGACUGAAGUAUACAAAUAAAAGCAGGAAAACUGUAACACAGUUGUAUGCCAGCCAGUAUCUCACUCAGCCAUGAAACAGAUUCAUGAGUCAACAAUUUAUUGCUUGCUAUUAAGUUAAGAUCAGUGACUAGUAACUAGGAACAAUCAGAUCAAGCUUGUUUGUUUGGAAGAUGAAAAAAACAUGAUACGGAGAAUUCGAUUUUGGUAUGUAAUGCAGCCACAGCCACCUUCAUGAAAGUCGCAUUCAUAACUAAGCUUCCAUCACUAACAUUUUCACACAUUCCUACUGACUCUUUCCAGUUUGGCAGUAUUAAAGCAUAGAGCAAGAAACAGAUGAGCUACUUUGUGGCUUUCUGUUUAAAAUGAGCGUGAAAAGAGAGUAAAUGAUUAUGCCAUUCAAAAGCUACCAUGGUAGCAAACUUGUGUGCUACCAUGGUAGCCCAUCCUGGCAAAUUCCAACACCAUAUGGGAAACCGCACACACAUAUUUCUGACUUAGUUUCUGAAGGCGUGCCGACCCAAUGUAGAGGACUGUCAGUUUAGGGGUACUGUACCCAUCCUGACAGAUUCCAACAAAACAUGGCGUUGGGGUUUGAUGGGUUGAGUUCUGUUAGGGUUAAUAUUGUGCAAGUGUUACUGGCAGACUUGUGUGUCAGUAUCAAAGUAGGAUGCAGAUUCACACUUACAAUUCAACACACUUCAUGCUCUGAAUUUAUGCAUUUUUGAGUCUCUAAGCAUGCUGAUUAUUACUGGAUUCAGAUUACAUGUACACUACUGCAACGCAUAUUCCACAUGAAACAUUAUAUAGAUGAUUGACAGCAUGCAAUUCGUAUCACAUUACCUCUGAAAAACACUGUCUGGUACUGGUUUCUUUCAACAUUUUUUUUUGUCAAACCAAUGAGCUUAAGAAUUCCAUUGUAAAGAUGAUUGUAAGAAAAAUACAAUAAAUCAGUAACUAUUUCAUACACAAA